CAUGGCGCGGUGCAUGGUGCUUAGCUAGGAAGCUAAUGUGUAUAGAUGUUGAUACGCUACGUUUCCCCCCAAAACACUUACUCAACGGUGAUUGAUGGAUAUUACUUAACGAGGGUUAAUCUGGAUUCACUUGGCAUUUUGUUGUCUGAUACUAUUUAUUCACGUUAGUCGUCCGGGCGCAUCAAUUCAAUUAGCAUCUAUGCUAUCUUGAACAUUAAGCUAGCCAGCUGACUUGAUGAUUACACAACACUGACGCAUCGAACGUUGCAUAUAUCGUUACCCAUGGCUUUCUAUGAAGUCUUUUCUCACCCGGCUUUGAUUCGGUACAAGACGAGUGUUUGCACGAAAGCCACUCUCUUUCUUGUUGUGGUUUUGUGCCUAACCUACAUCGCACCUCUGCUGGUUGCUUACAGGAGCCAAGGUUUCUGGAUGAAAAGAAGCACCUAUGAGGAGCAGCCGGUUGUGAGGUUCCAGUAUCAGGCUCUGCUGGUGGCAGCAACCAGUUCUGUGGGAGACUACGUCGCCUGGAGCACAUUCCCCCAUCUUAACAACAUGCUCGGUGCCAAUCUCCGCAUCCCUGCUAUUUCUGUGAGAGAAGAGGAUCAAAACCAGGAUGGGAAGUUGGACCUCCUGAUUUUUCAACUGCAGCUACCCCUAAAACCUGAGGAACAGGUGUACAACGUCCAGCUGCUGCUCACCUUCAGCUACCAGCUCUUUCGGAUGUCCACAGUGGUGAUGCAGAGCCUGGCCUAUGUGCAGCACUCCUCUUCUGUCCCUGGAGCUAAACUGUUCAUCAGUGGAGACCUGAGGCUGCAGCAGCGGACACCCCUGCCUCACCGGGGACUGUAUGACAUUUACAAUGUGUCAGUGAUUGAUGGCUCCAGCCCUUUUGCAAGUGCGUAUGAUCUUGACAACAUAAUCAGGAGCUACCAGAACAGAAACUUGACCACAAUACUGUCCUGUCCCAUGCCAGUCUGGACUGUGGGACGAGCUUCUGAUUCUCCCUUUGAGCUUAAUGCUGAGAUCCAUUACCCUCUGGAGGUCAUUAGCUAUCGUCCAGGCUUUUGGGAAACCAUCAAAUUUGCCUGGAUCCAGUACGUCAGCGUCCUCCUCAUCUUCCUCUGGGUCUUUGAACGUAUCCAGAGAUUUGUUUUCCAGAACCAGGUUCUAACCACUGUGCCCAUCCCAGUGGGAAAACCUCACCUGUCAUGAUUCAGUGGUAGUGCUCACACUUUCAGGUAUUCACGAUCCACCAGGUUGAGACAAUAUUACAUGUUGCACAUUCACUUGCCCACACUGAUACUGAAAUUUAAGACCAACUCUAUGACUCAGUUUCAGGGACUAGCUAUUUGGUCUUGCUGAUACUGUAACACACUUACCAGCAGUAUACACACAGUAUAAUCUCACACAUUUGAACUAAGGCCCUGUUUUUGUGGUGGCACAACGACCAGAAUACGCAGCAUGAGUUGUUGGUAUUUUAGUGGAAAAUGUGCUUUAGACUUUGCACUGAGAAUAGAAGUGCAUCUGUUCUUGUCUCAUAGUUAAUCUGCUGCCACUUUGGUGAUCUCAUUAAAAAAAAAAAAAAACUAAAUUAAAGGCACAUGUGCAACCAUGAUGGAAUAAUUCUUAAAAUGUAAACUCCCCAAUUGUUAAGUUUAAAAUUGGCAUGAGAAGCUGAACAUUUAUUGUGUUUAAAGCAGACAUGUCGGUAAUAGUAUUAGUAUGAUGAUUCUUACUGCAUCUGAAGGAAAUAAGACUGUUAAAUAAGAAUGUUGAUAAAUCCGUAAAUGGCCGACACAGCAACUCCAUUACAAUACUACACACUUCAGAGUGCUCCAUUAUGACUUGGUGUUCUGCUGUUUAAGAUAUUAUGAGUUUGCUUUGCAAGGCUCAUCAGUCCUGUGUGCCAUUGCCAACUUUCCAGCUUUGUUUAAGUUUUCUUCUUGAAAUGCAUUACAGUGCAGAUGCUGUUGUGUCUGAUUUUACGUUAUGAUAUGACCAUUGACAGCAUGAGAUAGCAGCAGAAGAAAUAAAACUGAAAUAGCGUCAGAUUGAUGGAGUUAUAUAAACAGCCUCAGCAACAUUUUUAUUAUUUAUCUCUAUCAUCAUUGUACAAGUUAAAACCUCCCACCAUCUGAAGCUGUCUCAGCUUCUUUCCAUAUGUUGAGCUGUUGUCAUGUGUCACUGUGACUGGCAUACUGUUUCCGAGUGACAGGACCAGUGAUGUGACUGUGUAAGAGUGACGUCAUUAACGUCAGCACACCUCAGAUUUAGAUUAAAACCAGCUGCUUUGAGCUUGUUAACACAGUUAAAAUAGAGUCUUACUUAACUGUUCAUAGUAGUUAUGACAGAUUUGUGCUAAUUCUGCCCAUCAACUGUAUUGACUGUAUGGUGUUUCACUGUGAAAACCAAGCUGACUUUACGAAGAUUUGUCUUUCUAGUUCAUCCUUAUCAUUUAACAAUAAGUUGAACAAUGAACCUCCCAUGAGCCUCCUGUAGUCCUUUAAUAAUUUACUUGUAUUUUAUACAAACAUGCUGAGAGACACAAAUUCAUUUAUAUUUUCACCUUUUCCAGGACAGGUUUGUACAAAGGCCCUGCUCUACUGGAGCUACAGCGGUUCAUACCAUGAAAAAAUGUAUUUCUUCUUUUCCUGCUGUUCGAAGAAAUAGACACUUAUAAAAAAUAUAAAUAUUUUUUUAUAUUUUUACUAGUUGUAUGUUUAUGGCCAUUUGUGACACUAGUUAAAGAAAUGUCUUUGUUGGUGUGCUCAUUUGUUUUUGUAUUGUUCAUAGUUUUAGAUGAUGGAUAAUAAAUGAUUUGUACAUUUUAA